AUGCCGAAGCUAGCGAUGAAACUGCAGGAAGCCGUUAACAACAGGAAGGUGAUUUAUGGGCUGCGUGAUGCAUUUGAGAAGUACUGCGAUAGUUUCGAUGAGAGAUGUGAUUCUGGUGAAGUUGGUGUACGUUUGCAGAGUCUGGAGAAAUUGAAGAAGGAUUUCGAUAUAAUACAGAGGCAAAUCGAUCAAAUGGAUGCGGAAAACUUGGACGAACAUAUUGCACAACGGGUUACCUUCGAAUCCAGUUUCUUCAAGAUCAAAGGUUUUCUGCUAUCCAAGCUUCCGAGCCAAAUAAACCAAUCACCUUUGAUGAACAGUACCAUGUUCCAAAACCCAUCUUCGGUUUCCGGUUUUCACCUUCGUCUACCUCAAAUUGACUUACCAAAAUUUGACGGUGAUUUUUCUAAAUGGCUAUCUUUUCGAGAUACGUUUUCAUCGAUGGUGCACCUGAACCCUGAGAUUCCAACGGUAGCUAAGUUGCAAUAUUUGCUUCAAUCCUUGCAAGGAGAUGCAAGAAAACCAUUCGAGACAGUAGACGUUUUGGCGGAUAAUUACGAAUCGACAUGGGAUGCAAUAAUAAAACGUUUCGACAAUCGUAGAUUUUUGAAACGGCAGUUAUUUCGAGCAAUAUACGACCUUCAGCCAAUCAAGAAGGAGUGUCCCCAAGAACUUAACAGUUUAGCUGGAAAUUUCGAACGACAUGUAAAGGCUUUGGCGAAACUGGGUGAGCCUGUUGAGUUUUGGGAUACUCCCUUAGUUAAUCUCUUUUCCUAUAAGUUGGAUCCGGUUACCUUACGAGCGUGGGAGGAAAAGACAAGCGAGCAAGAAGAAGUUAAGUUCGAUGAGAUGAUGGCAUUCAUUUACCAACGAGUCAGAGUUUUGAAUUCUGUGUUACCAGAGAACCAGCAAGGGAUCAAGGUGGCCGGUAAUAAACCCUUUAGAAGAUUGGCGGUAGCAGUCGCAGCGAAACCUGGAUCAAUUCUUGACACCAACAAUCCCUUUCCAUUGUGUGUUGUAUGCCCGGAAAGACAUUACCUCUACAAGUGUCCAACUUUCGAAAGAAUGUCCGUUCGUCAACGUCGAGAACUUAUUUCUCAGAAGCGUCUAUGUUGGAAUUGCUUCCGUUCCGGACACAUGGUUCGUAACUGUGCAUCGAAAUUUACGUGUCGACAUUGUCGAGAGCACCACCACAGUAUGCUGCAUGAAGAUCUAUCUCAACCAAACAGAUUACCCCCGCAACCUAUCCCUGAAGAAUCCAUUCCUUCAACGUCAACCCCUUCAACAUCCACCCCUUCAACAUCCACCCCUUCAACGUCCAACCCCCAAGUUAGUUUAUCCGUUCAGUCCACGAAUAGUACAGUGUUGUUGGAAACAGUUUCUCUCGUCGUAAUAGAUGGAUUUGGUCGAAAAGUUCCUGCUCGAGCUCUCUUAGAUUCGGCAUCGAUGUGCAACUUCAUGACUAAGAGACUGGCCAACACACUAAAUUUACGCCGAAGGAAAGUAGAUGUUGCAGUUUCGGGAAUUGGUGAUUCUAUGAAGCAAAUUAAGUGCAAAUUAACUGCAACUAUCCGCUCCAAUACUAGUCCGUUUGAAUCCCCAUUAGAAUUUCUCAUAUUAAAGAAACCUACUGUCAGUCUACCAACGGCACCAGUUGACAUUGCCAAGUGGGAACUACCUGAUGUUAUUCUUGCGGAUCCACUUUUCCAUAUACCCAAUGAUGUUGAUCUUAUCGUCGGUGGAGAAAUGUUUUACGAAAUUCACACCGGCCGCAAAAUUCAAUUGAGUGAUAAUCCACUCUUUGUCAUCGAAACUGCGUUUGGGUGGACUGUUUCUGGGAAGGCCCCUGUUCAAAGCGAAGUUACGCCUCAUGUAUGCCAUCUAACCACUGUUGAUCGCAACUUGGAACGAGCAUUGCAGAAGUUUUGGGAACUGGAGUCCGUUCCUGAGUGUUCUAAGUUAACGCCUGAAGAAGAACAGUGUGAGAAAAAGUAUUGCGCAACCACCACCCGCGACUCGUCUGGUCGUUAUACAGUUCGCUUGCCACUCACCCGCGAUCCACUCGUUUGUCUUGGGGAAUCUCGGUCUAUUGCUGAACGUCGUUUUUUAAACCUGGAAAAGAGACUUGAUCGUGAUCCUGGCACCAGAGAAGCCUAUUAUCAGUUUAUGGACGAUUACAUCCGUCUACAGCAUAUGAUCAAACUUGAGACAGUUGAUGAUUCCGUUCCCCACUGCUACUUACCUCACCACCCAGUUUUUAAAGACACAAGUACCACCACAAAGGUUCGCGUUGUCUUUGAUGCAUCGUGUAAGACAACAUCUGGAUUUUCAAUCAACGAUCUUCAGCUUGUGGGACCAGUCAUACAGGAUGAUCUGCUCUCCAUUGUUUUGCGUUUCCGGAAACAUCCAAUCGCUAUGGUAGCGGAUAUAGAGAAGAUGUACAGGCAGAUCCAAUUGCACCCUGACGAUUGUCCAUACCAAAGGAUUCUUUGGCGUCAGCAUGCCGAAGACCAAAUAGCAACAUACGAGCUUCAAACCGUUACGUAUGGACUAGCCUCAGCACCCUUUCUAGCGACUCGCACACUCAAACAAGCCGCCAUCGAUGAGGAGGCCAGAUAUCCCAUAGCAGCUGUUGUUUUUCGUGAGGAUUUUUAUAUGGAUGACUGCCUUACAGGUAGUCAGUCAAUCACAGAAGCAGUUCGUCUACGGGAGGAAGCAACUGCCCUAAGUGUAGCUGCGGGAUUUCCACUUAAAAAGUGGGCAUCAAAUGUACCGGAAGCCCUCGCAGGAGUUUCUGAAGAGGAUCUAGCUAUCAAUCCUAUCCACGAUCUUCAGGACAACCAAACUGUUUCUACAUUGGGCCUAGUAUGGGAAACAGUUACGGAUUUGCUUCGUUUUCGUGUUCAACUGCCUUCUCCGGAUCCUGUUCUGACAAAAAGGAAGAUUAUGUCCUACAUUGCUCAGAUUUUUGAUCCACUGGGACUGGUAGGACCCAUUAUCACCGUUGCCAAGCUCAUCAUGCAGAGUUUAUGGGCCUUAAAAACCGAGGGCGAUAAUGCGUAUGAGUGGGACCGACCGCUUCCGGAGUCCUUACAGGCUACAUGGAGACAGUUCCAUAGCACACUAUCCAUUAUCAGCAAGAUUCGAGUUCCGCGUUUUGUUUCACUUCCGAAGGCCAAUUCACUCCAGCUGCAUUUCUUUUCGGACGCCUCGGAAAAGGCCUAUGGAAGUUGCUGUUAUUUAAGAACAGAAUCAGCCGACUCUGUGCGUGUGCGCCUGUUGACGUCGAAGUCAAAGGUGGCACCACUAUCCAGUCAUCACACUAUCGCUCGCCUAGAAUUGUGUGGAGCAGUUCUUUCAACCAGCCUGUACGAGAAAGUUUCGCGUGCUCUCAAGAUCUCUGCCGAAGUAUAUUUCUGGACCGACUCGAUAACUGUGCUCCAGUGGCUCAAGUCGUCGCCAGCACGAUGGAAAACUUUCGUAGCUAACCGAGUGUCUACUAUACAGUCUCGAACCUCCUCAUGUUCAUGGAAUUAUGUUCCGGGAGAAUGUAAUCCCGCCGAUGUCAUCUCACGUGGCAUCAACCCCCUUGAAAUUAUCGACCAUUCACUUUGGUGGAAUGGACCACUCUGGUUACCACUUUCUUCGUCCCUGUGGCCUCGAAUUGAAACCUUUACAAACGAUCACUCGGAGGUUCUUGAGGAGAAGACGACACUUGCUGUCCUAUCUUCCUUUGCUCAAAAUGAUAAGUUCUCUGAAGAACUAUUUGCAAGAUAUUCUAGCUACACACAGCUUCGUCGUCUCUUGGGAUAUUGGAUGAGAUAUUUUCGAAUUCUAAAGGCGAAGGCACGAAAUGAAAAACUCGUGCCAUUUGAAACGCUUUCUGUCAUGGAUCACCAAGAAGCUGAAAGAGCCUUGUGUCGUCUAGCCCAACGACAAAUAUUCAGCCAAGAGCUCGCCAGUUUCAAGCAACGGAAGGGGUUCCCAACGUCUUCGCGCCUGAAAUGGCUGAACCCCACGCUAGGUUCAGAUGGAAUCAUCCGUGUUGGUGGGAGACUUAGUAAUGCUGAAAUUCCUGCACAAUCCAGACACCCCAUAGUUCUGCUGGCCACCCACCCACUAGCAACGCUACUGGCAAAAUAUUAUCACCGCACAUUACUACACGCUGGACCGCAGCUUUUGCUCGCCACGAUCCGUCAAAAAUUUUGGAUUGUUGGUGGACGCAACUUGGUUCGCCGUGUUUACCAUCAAUGCCAGACGUGUUUCCGCAACAAACCAACUCUUGUACAGCAGAGUAUGGCGGACUUGCCUGCUUCCCGGGUUGUGCAAGAUCGCCCAUUCGCUAUUUGUGGUGUCGACUAUUGUGGUCCUCUGUACCUGAAGUCUCCUAUUCGAAAUCGCGCCCCAACGAAGGCAUACCUGGCCAUAUUUGUUUGCUUUAUAACUCGGGCGGUUCAUCUUGAGUUGGUCUCUGACUUAUCCACGUCUGCGUUUGUUGCCGCCCUACGUCGUUUCGUUGCUCGACGCAGCAAGCCGAGAGAGAUCCAUAGUGACAACGGAACCCAAUUCAAAGGAACUUCAAAUGAACUGCGUCGUGUGUACGAGAUGCUCAAAACCAGUACUGCCGACCGAAAAAAAAUAUUCCAGUGGUGUUCUGAAUCCGAAAUCCAAUGGAAAUUUAUUCCACCACGGUCACCUCACUUUGGUGGACUUUGGGAGGCAGCCGUAAAGUCAGCAAAGCAUCACCUACUUCGAGAAAUCGGACACACCAACGUAUAUUAUGAAGACAUGCUGACGCUACUAGCUGAAAUAGAGAUGUGUUUAAAUUCGCGACCUCUCGUUGAAAUCCCUGUAGAAGUCAAGGAUCUAGAGGCUCUCACCCCUGGUCAUUUCCUGGUUGGGGAAAACAUGCAAGCUGUAGCCUGCAAGCCUCUUACCGACGUCCCCGACAACCUGUUGUCUCACUGGGAUCUCACUCAAAAGAGAUUUCAGCGUAUUUGGUCUCGCUGGCAGCGAGAGUAUCUCCAACAGUUGCAGGCUAGAGCUGUUAAACCCAAACAAAAGGUUGAGAUACAACCCGGCCGUUUAGUCAUCGUCAAGGAAGACCAACUCCCACCAAUUCAAUGGCCGCUCGGUCGUAUUACUGAAGUUGUUCCUGGAAGCGAUGGUGUUGUACGUGUUGUCAAAAUUAGGAUGGCAAAGAAUGCUGAGAUCACAAGAGCCGUGUCCAGGAUCGCUCUUAUUCCACACCCCAGUGAACUUUCAAAUCCACCGAGUUUGGAAGUUGAAAACUAA